GAGGAAGAGGCCGGUGCUGUGUGUGUGUGUGUGUGUGUUGGAUGGGAGAAGCUGGAUGUGGCAGGAAGGUGACUGUUUAUCUUACCUGAAGUAAACAGGCAGCAGCUCACCUCAGCUCUCACAUGAAUGGACACAUGCUCUGCUAGCUGCUGUGUGAUGACUGUGCAUGUGUGUGAUGUGUAGAUAGUAUUGCACAGAUGUGCCAUUGCAUUCCACUCUUUACUAUACAUAUGUGAUUGCUCUGUGCCUGUGGUAGUAGCUGCUCUUCGUGUUUGUGUGGAUCUUCUUUUGCUACUUUUCAGGAACAGGACUGACAACCUAUGUGGUGAGCUUGGCAUUUGAAGAGGACCUGUGUCUGACAUUUCAUGGCUGCCCCCAAGCUCCUGUGUCUCCCACUUUUAUCUUUACUUGCCCUGCUUGUUGCCUACUGGUUCCGCCAUGUAGAAGAGGACAACCUGCAGAACCGGUUGGAUACAGUGUUAUCAUCUCUGCUUCAGGCUGAGCAAAAAGCUGGACUGGAUGCCCACCGUCCUCCUCGUAUAGCAAUCGGUUUUGGUGGCUGCCUGGAUAUCAUUGUAGAUGGCGUAGCCCUGAUGAAGGAAACCGCCAUAGGACCUAGUUAUAACCCGGUUCACCAUAACUUCAUUGAGACAGAGACACAGCUGGCUGAGAGUUUUGCCUAUUUCUUUCCUCCCGGUGCAGCUUCAGAGAGGUAUGUGUCCAAUGAGACGUUGUUUAGAAAGCUUGUAGAUGCCUCUAAAAGACUUCCGGAAAUGCGCUGGGCUCUGGGUGGAAAUGCUCCAGUCAUGGCAAACCGCUUGGCUGCUGAAGGUUGUGAUGUUCUACUAGGGGGUCGCCUAAGUCAAGAAGAAGCUAGUGUCUUAUCCGAUCACAUCAAAGUUGCUGGUGAGCCAGUGUUAGAUCCUGACAUCCACCUUAUUAUGGAAUAUCCAACUGGUGCCAGAUGGGGGAACCACAUCUCUCGACGAGCAAACAGGUACAUCGUACACAGUGACUCUCAUAAUCCCAUGAUUGACUCCCUUGAAGAUUUCAGAUCACAAUUGAAAAGUUUUAAGCCUGAUCUUCUUGUGAUCGGUGGGCUACAAAUGAUGGAUAGCUUCCCCUUUAAACCAGGUCAGCGUGAAGCAAGAUUGAAGGCGAUUCAAGAAAUGGUGUUGUCCAUGGACCAAAAUAUAGGCUGUCACUUUGAGAUGGCAUCCUUUGUGGAGCAAAACCUCAUGAAAGACUUGCUAGAGUAUGUCAUACCUUACUCUGAUUCUCUGGGAAUGAAUGAGCAAGAACUUCCAAAUCUCCUCAGUUUAAUUAAAGGGGGAAACAUUACAGUCCUCUCUGACCCUUAUCCCCGUGUGGCUUCCAUUCUCGACCAAAUGCGUGAACUUUAUCAGCUGCUUGGAUCCAGGGAACUUAAAGAGGGUCAGAGGAGGCUGACCCGACUGCAUGUUCACACGCUAGCAUUUCAAGCUAUGUUAGUGGGCAAAGAAUCCAUGUGGAAGAACACAAUGUCUGCUACAGCAAAGGCAUCUCUUACUGCUAAUAGGCAUGUUUGUGGUUCUGCACAUAUUGACACCGGCAAGGCUAAACUCAUCAUGGAUGAUUCUUUCUCAAUCAGCAGAGAAGUAGGCAGCCAGAGGAUACCUUUUAAAGAAAACCGCCCUGUGUCUUGUUGGGAAGAGGACACUUAUGAGAUCUGUCUAGCACCUGUUUUGGUCUGUACUGAAGUUUUUCAGACAGCAGGUGGAGGAGACAAUAUAUCUGCUGCAGGACUGGUGUUGCAAAUUUGAAACCAUAGUCGAUUCAUGAUUUUGAGAAGGCCAACAUUCCACAACUAGAGAACCCUGUGACAUUUUAGAUGUAUGUUUAAAGGACGGUGUGAGAAAAGGGGUACAAUGCAUACUGACAUGAUUUAAGGCAUAUUUUGUUUACUAAGAAACAGCGAAAUCGGUGAGGAUUCAUUAUUUUUGCUCGAAAUACCAUUCCAUUUUUUCCUAAAGGUCAGUCCACCCAAAACGAAUAGCGAAUAAUGCACAAGAUUCAGAUUCCAUGUUGCUGAGUGAGCAUGGACUUACGAGGAUAACAGUGGGAAGAUAUCACUACAGAAGGCACUUUCAGUAUCUUCCCAAAAAUAAAAGUUCAAUCAGUUUUAAAUGAAUGGACAUUUGAAAGUCAAAACGAGCCCCAGUGUAAAUCUGCUAAAUAUACAUUCAGGUGUUCAAUGUCUUACAAUUUGUAUCGUUCCUAAAGUGGCCACAGUCUGAGUAGAGAAGCUUCUUCCCUACCAGCAUGCUUCGGUGUGGGACCCUUGCUCUUUGUGGGGAAGCAGUGAUUUCCCUGCUGAGCCAAAUCUCUGCAAUCGGAAGGGAACAUGACUGCUACAGAUUUGCAUAGCAAUAUCUCUGAGGCAAUGGUCCUAAAUGCUCCCUACUGAGUAACACAGGGAACAAGGGUCCUUGUUUACAGUGUGCUGGCAGGGAAAAGGUUUUUCUUCUUAGGCUGUGCAAAUUAUAAUAGCGGUUUUGUGCCGGCUUGUAGUAGCGUUAGCACAGUACAUAAAGGAAAAAAAAAAAAAGCUGUUGGAAGCAUUUUAUUAGCGUUUAUUUCUGCUGGGGAAAUUGCUAGUGUGCAUGGAGCCUAAAACCUUAAACUCCUUUUGUUUUGAUGCACAUAUAGAAUAUAUUUAGCAAAUUUAAACUGGAGGUUUAAUUGGACUUUAAAGUGUCAAAGGUAGACAUUUUGUUCGUUACCCAUAUCUCUGUAAUUUACUCAGAGAAUCAGUGGGGUGUAUUCCCUAAACUAUUAAAUACCUACUUGCUUUUAUAAUGUGAAGAGGUCAGACAGACCUUCCAUAUUUUAUAUAUAUGUGUUAAUUUUUUACGUGUAUGUUCAUUUUAAGAUUUUUUUUUUUUUUUUUCUUCUCUUCAACAAUGAUUAUGCAUAGACUUGCAUUCCUUACUCUCGUUGUAUUGUAUUACAGUAACUGAAAUGUGUUUGGGGCUAUUUUUCCCCCCCCCCUUGACAUUUUUCCCCGUUCAUAUGCUUUUUAAUUGCACAAGUACGUUCUAAUCAUUCCUCUAAAAAAUAUUGAUUUUAAUGAAAACCUUACUUGACCCU